AUGCAUUCUGCGAAUCCUCCCGAAACCUAUCUCACGGAGGAAAACGCACUGCCUCUGCUAAAAUACAUGGUCUUAAGCGAUGCAGUUAUUCAAGAACAUCAGAAAGUAUUAUCUAUCCUCACUUUUGUGCUCACGAUAUCAUCGUUAACAGCACUUUUUGACGGUUUAUGGAUUGAAUUUCUUAAGGAGAUGAGUUUCAGUGGGUAUUUGUUAAGGAUUGGGACAUAUGAAUCAUUUCCCAUGCAUUAUGCAGUUAUUGUCAAUGGAAUCGUUGGUCUUGGCUGUUCUCUUGCAUGCAUAAUUGUAGUGGUGCGUCUUCUUCACCAUUCAUUCGGGUUGGUAAUGACAACGUGCAUUGCGUGUGCAGUUUGGGCGUUCUUUACACUUGUUUACAAUUUUGGAUCCAAUAUUAUCUAUGAAGACAAAUUAGAAGAUAUUAUGAUUGUAGAAAUGCAAAAAUCCAGUUUCCGCAAUAUAUCAACAAUUUGGAAGACUUCUCAGAAAUUCUUCAAGUGCUGUGGUAUCAGCUCCUUUAAAAACUGGAGGCUAGAACAUGGUCAAAGACAGGUCGAAGUCUUAUACCCAUCGAGUUGCUGUGUACAUUCCAGCAAAACGACGCCAUGCGGACGCCAAGAAGUGUGGUCUGGGGGUUGCUUGGAGUCGGAAACAUUUUCAGUGAUGACAAUUGCUUAUGGCACGCUCUUCAUUUCCACAUUUCAGUUUCUUUUCAUUGCAUUUACAAUGAUGACACUGGUUAAAGUAUACAGCCGUCUAAGAUAUCUUAAGAAACAAACGAUUGAAAUACUUCUUUCCGAGACCAUGGCAGACUCAGUUAUACAAGAAGAAGGACGAAAUGAAGAAGUCCCCUUCAGUUAUAAUCAAACUAUUGACGUACUCGCAACAGACAAGCUGUCAGAUAAAGAUUACCAAAUAAAGAGGUCUUCAACCAUAUAGUCGAAAAAUAUACAUUUAUUAAAAAUAACAUAAGUGUGAAUAACUUAAGCUGUGUCGUGUUAUUAUUAAUAAUUUAUUAUUUGGAACCAAACCAACAUUUGAAUGUGUUACUUACUUAUUUUGACAUUGUCCAUGAAUGUAUUUACUCUAAAUUUUUCUAUUUAAGAUAAGCUAAGAAAAUCUGGUUUAAAGCAUAAAGUUUAAUCUCAUGCUUCAAGCACAUUAAUGAUAUUAUCCAGACCUUUCAGGCGUGAUAUCAUCAAUCCAUAUCUGCUCCAUUCUUUGUGUAACAUGAACACUUGUCACCAAUUUGAAUUGAUUGAUUGCCUUCUACUAAAAAAAUGUCCAAAAUAAUAAAUAUCGUGUCUAUCAACAUAUUUAUCU